AUGCUGAUGUUUCCGCACCUUUGCCGAUUCAAUGAGUCUCUGAGGGGGACACGUAUUUCUCGAUUUCGUCAUAUGUGCAAGCAUUUGUCAACCUCUUCGCUGAGGGCCUCAUCUAUCGCGAGUUAUUUUGCUGAGCUGAAGACUCGAGGGCUGGUGCGAUUGGCGUAUCCUUCAAAUCUUGAUACUGAUUUCAAUGCAGAGUUAAAGGCCUCAUCUAUCGCGAGUUAUUUUGCUGAGCUGAAGACUCGAGGGCUGGUGCGAUUGGCGUAUCCUUCAAAUCUUGAUACUGAUUUCAAUGCAGAGUUAAACGAGCGAUUGAAUGAUUUCUUUUUUAGAGCACUGCCUCCUGCUGUCUACGCCGGUUUUGAUCCUACCGCUCAAAGCCUCCACAUUGGCAAUUUAUUAAUUGUAGUUAACCUCUUGAGAAGUGCGCAGUUUGGUGUGCGGCCAAUUGCUAUCGUUGGCGGCGCUACUGCAGCAAUUGGAGACCCGAGUGGAAGGUCUACUGAACGUGAGGCUCAAGACAAGGAUCAAUUGGUGGAAAAUACUGAGGCGAUUACCGUUCAGUUGAAAAACAUUGCUUGUAAUGUACUGAAGGAGGAAAUCACGGUGGUUGACAACAAUGAGUGGUUCAAGGAGAUGUCAAUGGUGGAUUAUUUGAGAAAUUGUAAGCAACUACGCGUCGGUGAAAUGCUUCGGAUGGGAGCUAUAAAGGCCCGCUUAGAGGACAGUGGAAUUUCCUUCACAGAAUUCAGUUACCAAACGAUGCAGGCGUACGAUUGGGCCAUGAUGGUGAAGAAAUAUGACUGCAGGUUUCAGAUUGGUGGCUCUGACCAGUUGGGUCACUUGGAUAUUGGUGCUCAUUACAUCAAAAGAACAUGCGAAGGGACAUUUGCGGCAGGUGUUUGCUUACCAUUGGUGACAGAUAGUGCUGGAAAUAAGUUGGGGAAAUCAGAAGGUGGAGGUGACGUUUGGCUCAGUGCAGAAUUGACAUCGCCUUUUCACUUUUAUCAAUUCCUUCGUCAGCUACACGAUACAGAAGCUGAGCAAAUGUACAAGCAAUACAGUUUGGCUCCAUGGGAAGAUGUGCUGCAGAAGAUCGACGAACAUCGUUCAAAUUUGGGGAAAUGGAUUGCACAGGAUGCGCUUGCUACUGAGCUCACUCAGAUCGUGCACGGAGACGAAGGAUUGCGCACUGCUCAGCGAUGUUCUAGAGCACUCUUUCAAGGUUAUUUUUUACAGCUGUGUAAAGUUCGUGUACAAAAUUGA